GGUCGCGCGCGCUAAUCGUUAAACUCGCAUGCACCCGCGUGAUCGUCCGUCGUUGCAAUCGUCGUCAUAAACAUUAGCGAGCAACCGGCUUUACAACAACAACAACAACAACAACAACGACGACGAAAAACAGGAGAAGAGAACGCGCAGUGCAAUAAUAAUAAUAAAUAUCAUCGUCGCAUUACUAUGUUAUAAAUUGAUAUUAUAUUAUAACCGUCGGACGGUCGCGAGUUAACUGGCCGGGGCACGCGGACAUUCGUGUAACGCACACGUGUUAACCCUGACCGCGCUCAACAGAACGACACCGUCGACGCUCUGUAGCAGCAGCAGCAGCAGCAGCAGCGGCAGCAGUCGUCAUCAGUUGCUCGACGAUAACGACUCGCGCGAUUCAGAGAGGAGUCUAUUACAACGUUAAUAAUAAUAAUUUUAUAACAUUAUUGUUAUUAUCGAUAGAAAUUUCGAAUUUUUUUUUUUUUUUUCUAUAAUAUAAAUUAUUUCGUUUUCGGUCGCGACGCGAGAAAAAUUAACGAAUCGCCGCGAUGCAAUUUUUGACCGGUACAUCGCAGACGAGUGCCGGCGGCGGCGGUAUGUUCGGCGGCGCCGAUGGCGCGGAGCUGUACGCGGCCACGGCGUCGGCGCCUGACCAUUACUUCUGCCAGCGAAUGUUGUACGCGAUGCAGUUCGAUUCGGUGGCCGCGGCCGGCGCCGGUAUGUGUUCGCCGCUGUUACCGUCGUCGUUGUCGUCGCCGCCGUCACCGCCGUCGUCGUCGUCGCCGUUAUCGUCGUCAUCGUCGUCAUCGCCGUCGUCGUUAUCGUCGUCGUCUUCGUCGCCGUCGUCGUCAUCGUCGUCGUCGCCGUUAUCGUUGUCGUCGCCGUUAUCGUUGGCGUUAACGCCGUCGAUCGGCGGUCGUUGCUUCACGACAACCGCCGCCGCCGGGGACGUGAAAAUGAUGGACGCGUGCCCGGCGUCACCGGUUAACGAUCACCAUCUUCAUCAUCAUUUACACCAUCACCAUCUUCAGCUGCAGCAACAGCACGCGGUCGAGAACAGGAAACGUCCGUUACAGGAUACGUUGGACGGAGCAAAUGUUAAAAGAACGCACAACAGCUCGUCCGUCGCGGGAAAUUCAGAUGGAAUGUAUCACAUGAAAAUUUUAAUUCCCUGUAUAACCGCUGGUGCCAUCAUAGGUAAAGGCGGGGAGACAAUUGCACAGCUACAAACAGAGACUAAUACUAAAAUAAAAAUGUCAAAAACAAAUGAUUUUUAUCCUGGCACGACCGAAAGAGUUUGCAUAAUAUCUGGAUCAAGUUCUGAACAUAUAAUGGCAGCACUUACAUUUAUUAUGGAACGAAUCCGGGAAAAACCAGAUGCGUCAAAUAGGGUUCAAAAUUCUGGUGAUGCAAUUGCAGAUCGUGAGAAACAGGUGAAAAUCUUGAUACCCAAUUCGACAGCGGGUAUGAUUAUUGGUAAAGCCGGAGCGUACAUCAAACAGUUGAAAGAAGACAGCGGGUGUUUUGUGCAGAUAUCGCAAAAAGCGAAAGACACUACACUCCAAGAACGGUGCAUUACCGUGUCAGGUAACACGGAAGGGAACAAAAAAGUGUGUUUAUGCAUACUAAACAAAAUAAUCGAAGAUCCGUUGAGCGCGUCCUGUCCGAAUUUAAGUUAUGCCGACGUCAAUGGUCCAGUGGCGAAUUUCAAUCCCACGGGAUCACCGUACGCUUUGGCUACCACUAAUUGCUCCAACAACCAGACUAGCUACAACUUAAAUGCCACGUCGUUAUCCGCACAGGAUGUCAGUAAUGGGAUAUUCACGAACAAAUUCUUAGACAACGUAAAGCCGUUAUUGAGGUCCAGUGGAUAUCCUGAAUCCGCAGUCAAUGAAAUAGCCAUCGCCUUUUUGACGUUAGCCAAGCACAACGUACUCAGCCCGAACAGCAUAAUCGGACUGAUCAACCAGACCAGCAUCCUGCAGCCGGCGCCGUCGGUGCCGCACCACAACGGCACCGGGCUCCUGAGCACGGUGACCAACGACCUGUUCGACCUGGGCCUGGCCGGCGGAGCGAUAUCCAUCAACGCGAUCCUGUCGCAAAACGCGGCCAGCCCGACGCUGUCCAACGCCAACUCUUACGGGCUGGGCGUGGCGGCCGCCGCGGCCGCCGCUGCCGCAGCCGCGUCCACGCCCAAGGCGAUCGGGCCGACGACGAACGCGGCGGCCGCGGCUGCAGCGGCCGCCGCCGCGGCCCUGUACGAGAUGACCGCCGACGACCAGCAGUCCGUGGUCAAGCGGGAGAUGGACGUGCCCGAGUCGAUCGUGGGCGCCAUCAUCGGCCCCGGCGGCCGGUCACUGGUCGAAAUCCAGCAGAUGAGCGGCGUCACCAUUCACAUAUCCAAGAAGGGCGUGUACGCGCCGGGCACCACCAACCGGAAGGUGACCAUAUGCGGUUCGGCCAGCGGCAUAGCGAUGGCCAAUUACCUGAUGCAGCAGAGGAUCGUCGACGAGGAGACCAAGCGGGCCCGCGCGUUCUGAUGUGCCACAUCGUGACGCGCCGACCACCGCGUCUGUUUCAUACCAUUAUUAUAUACAUAUAAUAGUCUAAGUAUUACAAUAACUCGCCUUCUACGUAAUUUUCAUAAAUUCAUAUUAUUAUUCAUGUUAUUAUUAUUAUUAUUAUUAUUUGUAUUUGUACUGUUGCUUAUUCCUCGACGACCCAUCAAACACUACCCCUCAUCCACCUUAACCCCCUAACUCAAAUAUCAUCCCCCCCCUCAACGUAUGUGCGCGCGUGUGUACAUUACAAUAUAAUAUAAUAUUAAAAUAAUACUACGGGUGGACGACGAUUUUUUUGUUUUUUUUUUAAGUUUUGUGGGCGAGUUCUUUUUUUUCUGUCUUUAUUAUUGUUUUUUUUUUUCAAAUUUUGAACGCUGACAGUCUGAUAAUCGUGCGGACUUAGAAAUCGGCGUCGGAAAUCACUUACCACAGUCACAUUAUAAAAUUUAUUCGUAUAUAGAUUUAUUAUUUUAUUAUAUAUAUAUAUAUUGUAUUCAUUGUUCAUAUUGUGUGCCUUACGAAAAAAUUAUAUCCCAUCAUAUUAUACACUAAGCCUAUAACAUUAUAAUAUUAUACAACGACCGUCGAACGUUUUGUGGUUUUUCCUCAUAGUAAUUUAUACAUAAAAAAAAAAAAAUUAAAUUGUUGAGGUCUGUUUGUUUCAUUAGCCGCAAUCACCAUAUAUAUAUUAUUAUAAAAACAGUAUACUAUACCAGAUAAAUUAAUUGAUUAGGUAGGUACACCAUUUGAUUGUUAUUAUUAUUAUUAUUAUUAGAAUGUGUUAUGUGGUUUUUCAUAGGGGCUGUAUAGCUCUCGUUUAAUGUUGAAUACGCCAGCAGAUUUAAUAAGUGGACCAAGAACGGAUAAGAGUUAACAUGUAUGUUUUUCUAUUCGCUGAAUUUAAUAUACGUUUUCACUGUAGGAAACGUUAUGCGUGGGUGAGAAAACGUUUUGGAAUUCGAAACGUAAUAAGUUAUAUUUUAUGGUUUCAAUUUCCGUAUAUAUUCGAACAGCUCCUAGUAUUUUAUUGACAUUGUAAAUAUUACACAAAUUUAUUUUAUUUUUGAAAUAUUGUUCAGUCCCGCCCCGUUCAACAAAACCAUUUCUGUACGAUAUCUGAUCGUACAUGUCAUCGUACGCCAGUAAAUGUUAUUAUAUUCAUAAAUGAAUCUUAUUUUAGAGUUUAACCCGUUGCAGCAGUAGACAGUUGUUCAACUUUUCAUCUUGUCGAGUUCGCAACGUGCGUUUAAGGCUGAGACAAUAAUACAACAAUAUACGGACUAAUGAGCACAACAAAUCAUGUAUAGUUUUACACUCAUCCGACAUGCAUACAUUCUCUACGGAUAAUUAUUUUAGCCAUGCCUACCUCUUCGUCCCUUCGAAAACUUAUGCGCGGAAAGAAGAGGACUUGCGUAAGUGAUAUACGUUUUUUUUUUUUUGAACAGGGUAUAUAUAAUAUUCACGGGACGGCUCAAGUCAUUCAUUACAUGGGUCAUAUUAAUAUAUAUAUAUAUAUAUAUAUAUAAUCACUUCGAUGAGAGGGGCUCCCCCGUAAACUAAUCAGUAAUAAACUUAUUCCAUGUAGGUAAUGUAUAUAUAGUAUAUAAUGUAAGAAUUAAACGCGAAGAACCCCUAGUGAAUUUACAUAUUUUAUUUAUUGUUUUCGUUUCAUUACAUAUAAUAUUAUAAAUAAGUCGUAACCGAACUCAAAUCAUAUUCAGCUUAUUGGAGGAAAAAUAAAUAAUAUUUUUAUUGUUUGAAAGUAAUUAUUUGCUCAACAGAUCCCAACAAGGCGUAUAGGUAAUUACCGUAAACCACAAUUUUAUUCUAUUCGUCAUAUCCGUUGUCCAAAAACGGCUAUAUAAUGUCUUUUCUUUUCUUUUUUUUUUUUACGGAAUAAUGUGAUGUAAUAGUUUUGUUUUAAAAUUGGUGUAAAAUGCAUUGGUGCUUUUUCAAUAUUAUUUGUACAUAUAUUAUACAUAAUAUAUAUUUCAUACGUAUAGGGUGGUAGAACUGUUUAAUAAAUCUACAAUUUUAUUUCAGCAUGCAUUGCAUAUAAUAUACUAUAUAGUAUAUUAUAAUAUUAGGUACAUAAAUAAUAUUAUGAUAAUUUGCAAAAAACAACUUAUUAAUUUUGUUUUUACUCUAGUAGAUAAUUUUCAAUUAUGGUGACAAAAUAUUAUGAUCUGUGGUUUUAAUCUCGUUACACACUAUAAUAUACUAUUUUUGGAUAACUGAAUAGUCAUACUACAUUACAUUUUAAUCAGUUCGUUUACGUGUACGUAUUUAUAGAACUUUUCAUAAACCUUUAGUCUAAAAUCCGUCCUGAAAUAAACGUUAUUUAAUGGUCAAUAACUAUUCUAUCAUCAUUCAUUUUUUAUUUUUUUAUUUAAUGGACUAUACCUAACUAGUAUAAAUUAUCAUCGGGUAACGGAUUUGCCGUCGUCCAAAAUAAAACAAAUAAAAUAAUAUUGGUUAUUAAUUCGAUCUCAGUGACACUAAAAAUAUGACUUUUCGAUCUGAGUAUCAAAUUUCAAAAUAAAGUAAAAUUGUUUGAUGUACCCUUUUUUAGAAGUAAAUGUUGAAAAUAAUUAAAAUUUAACGUAUAUCUAAGUAUUUAUGUGGCCUCGUUAAUUACAUACUUCCAUGUAUUAAGGUUAGUGAUAUUAACAAAGAAUAGCGUUUGUUGUUAAACUCAGGAUUAUGAGUUUUAAUUUAAUAUAUUAUUGGGGACUGUAGUAAAAUAGAAAGUUAUGAUUAGUCUUUAUUUAUGUUUAUAAUAAAAUCCACAUGAUGAGUUCAAAUACAGGAUAAUAUUUUCGAAAUAGUAUAUAAUGUAUAAAAUAAAUUUAUGAACAUAGUUUGAAUGUAUAAUGUCUAUUGAAAUGUAUUUUCGUAGAAGUGUUUUAAUGUUAAAAAUACUUAAAAUAUAAUAAUAACAAAAUCAGUAACUUGAAAUUUAAAAUAUAAAUAUAAUAAUAAAAAAAAUAGUAUGUUUUGGCUUUGUCAUAACACAGUAUUUCGGCAAUCAAAGACAACCUACCAAAAACAGAUUUAAAUUAUUUUACCGUUAAACGAACAUAUCACACAUUAAAUAAAUAAUAAUAUAUAAUAUUGUAUAUUAUGUGAAUGUAUACACAUGACGAUGCACAUGGGUAUACGUGAUAGUGAUAUACUUUACCAUUUUCACAACCUUGUGAUUUUUUUUUCUUAUACUUUAUUGUUUAUUUAUACAUGCCAUUCAUUAAUCAUUAUAUUAUCAUUCCAUAACUCAUUUUCACACGUUUAAAACAAAGAAAAUGUGAUAUUUAAAUUUAAUGAACUAUAUAAUUGUAUUGUAUACAUUGUUUAUCCUAUAUAUAUUAUAUAUAUGUAGGCUAUAAGUAGCUGCUAAAAAAUUCAAAGCUAAAACACUCCUACAUAAAAACGACAUUAAGAUCUUUACUCAUUAUAAUUUAAGGUGUAACUUUAUAAUUGUUUUAUUUAUCUUUUAAGUUUUUAUUAAAGGGAAAUUAUUAUGUCCAAGAUUUAUGGAAUUGGUACAGAAAUAAAAAUGCAUUAUGUUGUUACGGUAAA